AUGACAUGUGAAUGUCCAGUCACACAUUUCCAUGAUGGUACCAACUGUCUUAGAAGAGCCAUAGGAGAAAGUUGUACACAUGUUACACAAUGUAUUGCUAACAAUUCUGAAUGUACUGGUGAUGGUACAAAGACUUGUAAAUGUCCAGUCACAUAUUUCCAUGAUGGUACCAAUUGUCUAAGAAGAGCCAUAGGAGAAAGUUGUACCAAUGUUUCACAAUGUAUUGCAACCAAUGCUGAAUGUACUGGUGAUGGUACAAAGACAUGUAAAUGUCCAGUCACACAUUUCCAUGAUGGUACCAACUGUCUUAGAAGAGCCAUAGGAGAAAGUUGUACCAAUGUUUCACAAUGUAUUGCAACCAAUGCUGAAUGUACUGGUGAUGGCACAAAGUCAUGUAAAUGUCCAGUCACACAUUUCCAUGAUGGUACCAACUGUGUUAGAAGAGCCAUAGGAGAAAGUUGUACCAAUGUUUCACAAUGUAUUGCAACCAAUGCUGAAUGUACUGGUGAUGGCACAAAGUCAUGUAAAUGUCCAGUCACACAUUUCCAUGAUGGUACCAACUGUGUUAGAAGAGCCAUAGGAGAAAGUUGUACCAAUGUUUCACAAUGUAUUGCAACCAAUGCUGAAUGUACUGGUGAUGGCACAAAGUCAUGUAAAUGUCCAGUCACACAUUUCCAUGAUGGUACCAACUGUGUUAGAAGAGCCAUAGGAGAAAGUUGUACCAAUGUUUCACAAUGUAUUGCAACCAAUGCUGAAUGUACUGGUGAUGGCACAAAGUCAUGUAAAUGUCCAGUCACACAUUUCCAUGAUGGUACCAACUGUGUUAGAAGAGCCAUAGGAGAAAGUUGUACCAAUGUUUCACAAUGUAUUGCAACCAAUGCUGAAUGUACUGGUGAUGGCACAAAGUCAUGUAAAUGUCCAGUCACACAUUUCCAUGAUGGUACCAACUGUGUUAGAAGAGCCAUAGGAGAAAGUUGUACCAAUGUUUCACAAUGUAUUGCAACCAAUGCUGAAUGUACUGGUGAUGGUACAAAGUCAUGUAAAUGUCCAGUCACACAUUUCCAUGAUGGUACCAACUGUGUUAGAAGAGCCAUAGGAGAAAGUUGUACAAAUGUUGCACAAUGUAUUGCUAACAAUGCUGAAUGUACUGGUGAUGGCACAAAGUCAUGUAAAUGUCCAGUCACACAUUUCCAUGAUGGUACCAACUGUGUUAGUAAGUAUCUUUAA